UCGCUUCGCAACAUAAACAAUUUCAAGAUGGACACAACAAACAUAUAUAACGCAUGGGAGUCAUUGAAGAGGUCCGCUCGCAAGUUCUGGGUCCUUCCGGGUCCCGUGCCCGUCGCCUUGUACUCCUUCAACCCUCGACGUGUGUCCCCGCUCCUCAAGGACGACGUCAAGAACUUCGUGGCCGACGUCCUCCAAGUCGAUCAAGACAGCGACGGUGUUGAAGUUCCAAUUGACCGGCAUACCUACGAGAUGACCAAGAAGCUCCAUCUGCGUAUCCGAGAGGAGGUUCGUGUCGGUACCAAGGGGAAGUCCUCUGCAGAGGCUCGCAUUGCCAAGGAGAUCAAGGAGACCAGCAAGGCACUCAAGAAGGUCGCUCGUCGGCGCGACAGGGUCAGUGCAAUUUCACACGGACAUCGCCAGGAACUCGCUCUGCUACGGUCCCAGCCUCCAUGCGAGCCGCCAGCCGCCUGUCAGCCUCUCGCAUCGCCAGCUCAGCCCACCUCCCGCCAGGCGAUGCGCGAGGCUCGGUUCGCAGAGAAGCACAUGGGCGUCCCCCGCACCAUCUACCUCGCCACGAAGGCCAUCAACGGUCAGCAUCCCUCGCUCACCAAGUCUGUGGAGGGGCAUGGCCGCGAGACGCACCGUUCCCCGCUUGUGCGUCGGGCGAGGGCGCAUGGGUUGCCGUUCUGCGGGACCGAUCGGAGGCCUGCGAACAAGUACCAUCCUCCCUUCAAUCAGAGCGGGGCGGUCGUACCGGAGGACGUCUUCGCGAACUUUGAUGAGGGGAGGGUGGGGACGAUAGUGGACUUCCCGAGGAGGGACGGGUAUGGGCCUGUGCCGAUGGAUGUGACAGCUGUCCCACCGGGGUCGCCGAUGAAGGGUCUCAGGUCAGCCCCACUUGAGUACCCGACUGUUGAGAUGGAGGAGACGUCCUCCGAACCAACAGUGUGCUCAUCCCCUCCCUCCCAUUCUACCCCUGCGCUUCCCCAGUCGCAACGCCCGCCAACAAUGUCGACCUACUGCCGCAACCUCGGGCAUGUAUCGAACGAGAUGGCCUACGCCCUCCGGAACAUCCGCGCAGCCAACGCCCGGGAGCAGUCCCGGCUCCCUCAGACAACGCCUGUCCGCGUUCGGACCCGAGCCGGACCCACUCGGGCUCGGGUGGUGCCUCCUACGCCAGUCAAGUCUCGGCGCCAGGGACGGCUGGUGUCGGUCGGUGGCCCCUACUAGGGUGCUCGGUCCCCAUCCCUAGCCGAGGAUGGUAGUCGACCGUCAACACCGACUACUCUCCUCGGCCAUCGAGGCCUCACCCCUCAUCGACGCGCUUACUCUCUGUCUGGAUGCUUUGCUGGCUGCACAUCACUUCCUGGUCUUGCCUUUCCCUGUCUCACCUUUCCCUGUCUCAGUCCCUGAUUCUCCUUGCGUCGUCUCCCUCGUCUCCCCCAGUUUCCAGGUUCGCGUCUGCCAGCAGCUUCCCUCGCCUUCCAUCUAUAACAAACAAAGCCACACAUACGGUUCAGUGUCUGCGCUCUUCUAUCGGCCUCGUUUCCACAUACCCCACAGAUACGUUUCCUCCCAGGAGUCAACACCUGCACAUAGGAUUCAACUCCUAUACUCCGGACUCGUAUUCCCUAUAUCCUUGGAUCUGCGUCCCCAUUUCCGUUUGGACUCGCUCGCAAUUUCGGCC